UUGUGUGACCUGGGUACAGCAGGUUUAGCAUUGGUACCCAGCACUGUCUGCAGGUCAUACCAGUCCUGGCUCUGUUGCUUAAAAUUGUUCAGGCUCUGAGACGUAGGUGAAAUGCUGACUCGGCAGUUUGCCUUGCUGCUGUUUGGAGCAGGUGAGAGGAGAAUUGUCCUCCCUGUGCUAAACCUGUCACCCCUAUGGGCAGUGCCUCGCUGAUGAGCAGAGAGAGGCAUUCACACUCCUUCCCCCUUGGAGAACCACCCCAAGAAAACCAAAUAGUCUUGGACUGGAGAGCAGAGCAGAGCGAUUUGUGUAUCACCUUGAUAACCAGAAGCACCUCAGAGUGCUCAUUACAUUCAGGUGUUAGCAAUGGGAGCAUGUGCUGAAACAACAGGUGAGGAAACAUGAGGUGGAAGAAAGAGGUGCCCUUGUGAGGACCUGCUGGGAAAGGGUGGGUUAUUGAGGAACAGGUUAGAGACCUGUGGGCACCUACAGGUGAGAAUCAGCUUCAUGCUACAGCAGCCUUCUCGGCCAUCUUCAUUCCAAGUGGUUCUAGUGCCUGGCUGUUGAGGUAGGAGAUCUGGCUUCUGUCUCUAGCCCUCUUCCUGACCAGUGUUAGUGGUUAAGUCACUCAGCCUGUAAAAUCAGUGCAGUGCUUUCCAAACUGCUCUGCGCUUUAAUUCACAGAAAAGUUUUUGAGCUCUUCGGGUGGAAGAUCCUGGAGAAGGUGGAAUGUAAAUAGUUAGACUGGAAAGAGAGAAACUGUUGGAGAUAAAAGGAGUUACCUGCUUUCAGACUGCUAAGGAAGUCUUUGGCUGUACGAUACGAGUGUUUGGGGGUGGUUUGGAGUCACUAGCCUGCAAGCUGCCCUGGGUUCAGGUUGGCACGAUGGAAGUCGGGGACACCUGGAAGGUGAUCCCAGGUCUAAAGCUGGUCCCUCAGCUCUGCUGCGACUCUGCUUGUGAAACCUGGAGACAAGACAUUGCCUAAAAGCAGCAACGUACUCUUGCCUUUAAAUAGCUCAGUGUAGUAGUGGUGAGAGCAGAACCAACGUGUAAUCUCCCGCUGUAGUGGUUUGGUUUUUAAUCCAGAAGGAAUUACACUUUGGGUUACAGGUGUGCUCCUCUAGGGCUGUCCAGGGGGCUGCUCACGGAGCUGCCAGGGAUGGCUCUGUCCCGUCAGGGCCUUGAGCAGCACUAAUUUUUAACAAGUUGCUGUUGGAAGAAAGGAAGGAAACAAGGUAUUUGGCCCUUUGUUUUCUUUUAAGACCAUGGAAUGCAUUUUCUGUCAGUGGAUCCUGUUUUAAUAACCAGAGCCAUGAUUAGGUAGUGUUAAGUUUGCUGUUUAAUAAAUAUUUUAGUAUGUAGAUAAGCCAUUGAUAACCACAUGCAUUCACACACUCACACACUUUUAUGCCUAAAAGAGGAGAAUUCAGAGUUUAUUGAUACCACUUCCACUAUGAUGUCUUAAAAGUAACGCAUAGUUGGUGGCACUAGGUGUCCAGGCAAAUUGAACUCAAAUGAACAAACAAACAGGUCAUUUAUUUUAUUUACCCUGAAAGGAAUUUUCAUUCUUUAAUUGUAACUCUAGAUAUAAAUUAUGUGUGGAAGAUAGACUAAUGAUUUUCCCAUGUUUGAUUAAAGGCAAAGAAUCAAAGAUUUGUUUAUAUAUUUAUCUAUUUGUUUCUUCGCUGUGAUAAAACCAGUUGUUAUCCAAACAGUGUGACUGACCUAAUAAAGGACAUAUGCAUAAUUGAUCUCCAUCUGUUUUUCAAUAUUUAUUCUCGCUCUAUUUUUUUAAUAGAGUUCAGUUCCACAAGUGCAGCCUGAAACAUUUUUAAGGUGGUAUAUUUUAGCACUUCUGUAAAAGGUCUCGUUUUAUGCUGGCCGCUGAAACGAAAAGGUUUGUUGCUGGUUCCACCCUUUAGUAUCCCUUCAAGAGAGAUUAUAUCAAAGAAGAAGAAUUAAAUUAAAAUUGAUUGGUGUUAUUGUUUUUUUUUUUUUUUUUUUUUUUAAAGGGGAUAAAGGGCAAUGGAAAGAGCAUAUGCCCCCGUGCUGCUUUACUGAUGGACUAUUUUUUAAAAACACAAAAAAGCAUAUGUGCCCAAUUUACAUAUUUACUAAUUAAAAAAGCUUCCUGGAAACAUUAAGUAGACUAUCUUCUGUAACCUUUAACAUUGUAGCUAAUGGAUAUAGCCUGGAAAUUUUCAUAGAAGGUCCUCUAAAUAAUGUAAAUGAUUAUGAAUGUGUAACUAGUUAAUAUGCAGCUAUGAAAGGAUUAUCAUGUAGAGGUUAAUGAACAUGCUGCUCUUAUGGUUUGCAGGGCUUUUCUUUUUGUGCUUUUAGCUCACUUCAUGCAUGGAAAGUCAUGUAUUGGGAAUGGCAAGCUUCCUGCCUUUUCCAUCUUCAUCUGUAAUGGGGCAAUUAAACUGGAACUUUCUUAAAGGAUUUCAUAAACAUUUUUGUAUGCCUAAUUAUGCUGUGUACUUCACAGUCACUACUAAAUCUGAAAGAAUGAAGGAUGUUGAUAGAAUGGGCUCUGGCUCUUCUACUCGUUAGUGGUGGGCUCCAUUGUGUGUUACCAGUGCCACCAAACGGGGCUGUGCUCUAGGCUUUAUACCUUGUACAGAAACUUUACUUUUAAAAUGAGUUUAAUAGUAUGAAUUAGAUUUCUGAGUUGAUGUCUUGUAGAAGUCUGUAUACUUCCUCUUAACCUUAAAAAUAGUUAGCUUGUGCAUUAAGGGGGACAUUUGCUAGGCAUUUGAUUUGUAGGAGUUUCAAGCAAAUGAUAAAUUCAAACUUGUCUUACACGGGGCGAGCUACGUGGCUGAAUUUCCUGAUGGAUUAUGAAAUAGCGUAACCACAAAUGUAGAACUGAUCCUUUUCAUUUAAGUACUUUGCUCUGUUUAAAGAAUUAUUAGCUCACAAAGUAGUCCCAUUUUUUUUUUACUUCUAUAUGAGUAGAAAGUGCAGGGUCUGAGAUCUGUUCUGCAAUAACUGCACAUAUGCUAACUGAAAAAAAAAUUGUCUUUCAUCCUGUUGUUUAGGAAAAAAAAAAAAAAGAAUUAUCUGCUCCAGUGAUUUCAGUGGUACUUGAAUGUAUGUUAUUGUUUUCUUUGCAAAUUUUCUCAUUAAUUGCUUUCAAAUGUUAGCGUUAUUUUGGCUAUAGGAAAAACGAAAUUUGUAAAAAAAAAAAAUCUAGAAAAUGCUUAUAUUGAGAAGAUGUCUAGACAUAUUUAAUUGCCUCAUGGGUUCAUUGCAUUUCAUAUAAUUGAAUGAAAUUGUUUGUGUUAUAUUUUUGGUAACCAUUAUUCAGAGAUCAGAAUAUGUUUUGAAAGACAAAAUCUCCACGUAAUUAUGGCAGAGAAGGUCACAGGUUUCAGCAUCUUGUCUGUUUGCUGUAUUUACAUAGCCCCAAAAAAAUGCAGUUAAAAAAGAAAAAAAGCAUUUAAUUUUAAUAAUGCUCUUUAUUUGGGAAAUUAUUUUGGAUCUCUUGGGAAAGCCUGUGGCAUAAAGAAAUAAGUGAAAUAUUCAGAUUAAAACUUCCUUUUAAUUUUGACACCCAGAAAGAACAGAGGGGAAGCCAGCAGCCCGUAAUGGUGUCAAAUAUCUUUGUAUUUAAACACUGCAAAAUUAAUUUGUGCUUUUUCAGAUUGAGAUGGCCAGUGGAAACAUUGGUUGAUGUACUGAUAAAGGAAAAAAAUGUUUUUGGUGCUGUGGGGUUCAUUUGUUUUUGUUUUUUAAUGAAUGAGUUUGGAAGUUACAUUGAUGCCGUGUUAUAACUUAUGUUGUUUUCUUAUUCUGUAAACCUGUAACACUGAAAAUAGAUCUCCAGAUUGCACAAACUACUACUUAUCUUAUAUCGUGUGUCACCUAAUAGUUAUGGAGCAGGUAUUGUACCAAAAUAUGAAUUGAAAAGCUGUAAUUUUUUCUCUGGUUAUCAGUCUGCAUUAGGGUGUGAUAAAGUGUGCUGCUUAAGAACUACCAUUCACUUGCCUUUCCUCUGACAAAUAAAAAUGUAUAUAGAGACACCAGCAAAUCUGUAAAGCUACUGUUCUAGUUUCUGAUGCAUUGACAUUGCAGCUGUGUGCUUAGCCUUGUUUUUUCAUGAGUAGUUAUCUGUUUUAAUGACAGGUGGUCACUAGCUGCCAAGAAAAAAUCCAGCACUGGAAGAAGGUGGAGAGCGAUUACGAGGCUCUUCAGGAGCGGCUCAGCACGUUGCCCGAUAAACUGUCCUACGAUAUCAUGGUACCUUUUGGUCCGCUUGCGUUCAUGCCAGGAAAACUUGUCCACACCAAUGAGGUUACUGUUCUGCUUGGGGACAACUGGUUUUCAAAAUGCUCAGCAAAGCAGGCUGUUGCGCUGGUUGAGCACAGAAAAAAACAUGUAAGGAAAGCACUGGAUGAUUUGCAAAAAGUCAUGAAGAAUUUUGAAUCACGAGUUGAAUUCACAGAAGAUUUGCAGAAAAUGAGUGAUGCUGCAGGUGAUUUUGUUGACAUAAGAGAAGAAAUUGAAGAUGAUAGCAUUGAAACAAAAGGCAAAUACCGAACUGCUCACAAGCCUCAUUCAAAGCCCAAAGUAUCAAAUGUUUUUGAGGUAGAUUUUCCAGCAAAUGGAAGCGAUACAAAAUCGAUGGGCCGUUUUCAGUCAGAGGAGGAGCUGUGGGCCCGCUUGGAAGAGCUCGAGAGACAAGAAGAGAUACUUGGUGAACUUGACAGGAUGCCUGAUACAGUUGAGACAAAUGGAGAAGAUACAACCUCUUCUGAAGAGGAGAAGGAAGAUAAGAGGACAGAUCUGAACGGGACGUAUAGAGCAGAAGACUGUAUUACUCAGGGCAACUUCCAUAAAGAAGUAACAAAUUCAGACUUGUUUGGUGGCCAAGUUAAUGGCUCUACUUAUUAUCACAGUGAUGAUGAAGAUGACAUAGAUGUUGGAGAUAGCUCUGUUCCAACUAUUUUUUUCUCUCACACUGUUGAACCUAAAAGGGUAAGAAUAAACACAGGAAAAAAUACUACUUUGAAAUUCAGUGAAAAGAAAGAAGAGGCCAAGCGUAAGAGGAAGAACAGCAAUGGCAAUGGCCACGCAACUCCAGAGCUGCCCAACAUCAAAACCCCAGCAGACAUUUACCGAGUCUUUGUUGAUGUUGUGAAUGGAGAAUAUGUCCCUCGUAAAUCAAUUUUGAAGUCUCGAAGCAGAGAGAACAGUGUUUGUAGCGAUACCAGUGAGAACAGUGCUGCUGAGUUUGAUGACAGACGAGGAGUUCAGAGGAGUGUUAGCUGUGAUGAAGCUACUCAGAGUGACAACAGCGAAGGCAUACUGGAGGAAGAGGAGGAGGAGGGGCAGCAGCAGCUACCGAAAAAGCCUCCUCCCUCUUCAGGGACAACCGAGGCGUUUUCCGGAACUGUUAUAGAAAAGGAGCCUUUGUCUCCCUCCUUAAUACCACACCCAGUCAUCGCUCACCCCGUCCUGCCCACCAUUCUGGAGCGCAAAUCGGAGGAAGUUUCGUCCGAAGCAUCAGAAGAAACGACAAAGAGGAUUUCAAAAUUCAAAGCCUCCAGGAUGCAGCAGAGUAACUAGGUGCUGCCCGGCUUCACGGCUGUCCAGGCUGUGUAAAACUCCUAAUUAAAAGGGUGUCCUGUGUUAAUUUGGCGUUGGUUCUCUUUUAAACGUUUAUUGGCAACAUUACAAAAAAAAAAAAAAGAAAAAAAAAAAAAAGAAGUGGGGUGUUUGAACACUUGAGAAUUCAUCUUAUUUUGUCGAUUUCCCUGCGUGCUGUCAGCACCUUUGUCUAUGUUUGCCUUAUGAUAGCAGCACUUGGGUUCUUUUUCAAAAACUGUUCCUUACAUACAUUGUUUUUGUGUUUAAACCUAAAUACAGGCAGUUUUGUGCCAGCUGUGAUGUUCUACAUACCAUAUGGACCAUUUUAAGGAAACUUUUCACAUUUCAAAUAGAUACACCAAUUAUAUUGCAUUACUUGCUUUAGCAUUUUAAGACACACUUGUAUUCACAUUGUUGUAGGUUUUGCAACUAGGUGUCUGCUGAAAGUUUUUUUCCUUCUUUCAAACCUCUCUGAUAUCUCACUGUACAGAUCUAUAAAACGCUGGGUUCAUGUACAUUGCAGGGAAGUUUCUUUGAUGGAAAAGGGUAUUUUGUAAAAUUAAAUUUUCAGUAAAAAAGCUGUGAAA